AUGAGUGCGCUCCUGCUUAUCGUCGUGUUCGCGUUGUUCGCGUACAAAUAUUUCGCAAGGAAAUCGGUGACGAUCUAUAGAUCAACGAAGGGCGGGAACGAGAAAUGGGAUUUACCACAGGCGCCCGGGCCUAUCGCCCUACCGGUUAUUGGCAGUUUACAUCUACUGGGAAAGUGCGAGUCUCCUUUCCAAUCUUUCACGGAACUGGCGAAAACCUACGGCGACAUCUUUAGCAUCAAGUUGGGCAGUUCGCAGUGCUUGGUCGUGAAUAACUUAGAUUUGAUCCGCGAGGUUUUGAACCAGAACGGCAAGUUCUUCAGUGGGAGGCCGGACUUUCUUCGUUUCCACCAGCUAUUCGAUGGCGAUAGGAAUAAUUCUCUCGCCCUCUGCGAUUGGUCGAAUCUGCAGCUGCGCAGACGCAACCUAGCCCGCCGCCACUGCGGUCCCAAACAGCACACCGACAACUUCGCGCAAAUCGGCUCCGUGGCUACUUUUGAAGCAGUAGAACUCAUCCAGACCCUCAAACAAAUCACCAGGUCUUCAUCAUCUCCCGUCAACCUAAAACCACUCCUAAUGUCUACAGCGAUGAACAUGUUCUCCAACUACAUGUGCAAUAUACGCUUCGACGACACCGACCCAGAGUUUCGCAAAAUCGUCGAUUACUUUGACGAUAUCUUUUGGGAGAUCAACCAGGGUUACGCCGUGGACUUCCUACCUUUCCUAUCUCCGUUUUACAAGAAGCACAUGAAAAAGCUAUCAAACUGGUCACACGAGAUCCGCAGUUUCAUACUAUCGAGGAUUGUUGAGCAGCGCGAGAUGAACUUGGACACUGAAGGUCCGGAGAGAGAUUUCCUGGACGGCUUGCUACGUGUCCUACACGACGAUCCGAGCGUGGAUCGAAACACGAUCAUAUUUAUGCUGGAAGAUUUUCUCGGGGGCCAUUCGUCCGUGGGGAAUCUCGUUAUGUUAUGCCUGACAGCUGUAGCACGGGAUCCAGAAGUGGGACGGCGGAUAAGAGCGGAGAUAGACGCAGUAACUAAGGGUAAGCGUUCAGUAACACUAACAGACAGACCGUCAAUGCCUUACACUGAGGCGACUAUACUCGAAGUCUUGCGGUAUUCCUCAUCACCAAUUGUACCUCACGUAGCGACGGAGAACGCUGCUGUAUCUGGCUUCGGAGUCGAGAAGGGUACAAUCGUCUUUAUAAAUAAUUACGAAUUGAACACAUCAACCAAGUACUGGAAUGAGCCAGAGAAAUUUGAUCCAACGAGGUUUUUGGAGAGAUCGAAGGUUCGCGUUCGACGCAACUCGCUCUGCGAUUCUGGAAUGGAGUCGGAUGGCGAGAGAAACGGUCCGAUAGACAAGAGCAGAGAGGUGGAAAAGGAAGUUAUCUCGGUUAAGAAGAAUAUACCUCACUUCCUACCGUUCUCUAUCGGGAAGAGGACUUGUAUCGGACAGACUAUGGUCACAACGAUGAGCUUUGUCAUGUUCGCGAAUAUUAUGCAAGAGUUUGAUAUAGCCGCUGCUAAAGUUGAGGACUUGAGGCAGAAACCAGCAUGCGCUGCGCUACCGAGGGAUACCUAUCCGCUGUACCUCUUACCACGAAAAUGA